GAAGAAGAGUGAUUUCAUUUCCGUCAACACAGCAGGGAAAAGAGAAACCGCAUGACAGGUGUUCACUGCUAAUAUCGAUAUCAUUUUUUACCUUUAGCGUUAAAACAGCCUGAAGUGACACGAUCUCUCAUGGCGAUUUCGAUGGAUGACUCGUUGAAGAAUAGUGAAAGUAACCUGACCAAACUCUGUGGAGAUGAGGCAGCCGACCCAGACUUGAAGCAGAGGAGCUGUGACAGCAGCAGUGAGGACCAAAGUGAGAGGGAGCGAGUUGUCAAGCAGCUGGGCUCGACCAGCAGCGCCUUCAUCGGUCCAGCCUGUCGUCCAGAAGCAGCUGCAGGCUCCGUCAGGCCUGACCUGGAAGACGCACUGAGCGAGUUUUACAAAGAGCUUGAGAAGACCGACACACCUGAUGGCACUCAAGGCGGCCUGGAGGAAGAUACAGGUGGUCCUCAACCAUCCAGACCUCUUGAGACAAACACAAGCAGAGAGACACCGGGCAACGGGGAUGCUUGGCAGAACGGCCCGGGACAGAAACACCCACCUUGGCCUCACUGGUAUCGCAAUGAGCCGUACCAGCCCAGAAGACCGAGCCCAAGCAUGAAUGUGAUCCCUCGUAACGCUGCACCCGUUCAAAAUCAGUGGUGCCGCCCUCCGCCAUGCAGGAGGCCACCGCAUCCUAGAUUUCUCCACCCCCCAUACGGCCAGCCACCUCCUCCAUCUGCAUUCCCGAUGCCGGUGGACUCGUCGCCACACAUGAAUCAUGUCUGGAGAAGCCCCGGCAUGACGAACCACUAUAAUGAAGAACUGCAUUUCCCACCGAUUAAUAGGUUUCCACCACCUAAUGGAUGUAGUGAUGUAUCUCAGGACUUUUAUGGAGAUGCUCCACAGCACUUGGACGGGGACGGGUGGGGUCAUGACGGCGGGGCAGAUGUACAUCCUGAUUGGUCUGCUCAUGCCAGCGAAGGAUGGUCGAAACAAGAUUGUGACUGGCGGCGUAGAUUUGAUGCAGAAAAUGAGCUGUGUGAGCAAGAGGACCAUCACAAACCGUAUGAUGAAGCAUAUGACUAUGAGUCCUCCUUGGUGCUAAUCUUAAUGAGAGGAUUACCGGGGUCUGGCAAAACCACACUGGCCAAGGAAUUGCUGUCCACCGGUCCCAGUGGACUAAUACUGAGCACCGACGACUACUUCGCACACAAAAACGGCUACGACUAUGACCCCAGCCUGCUCGGAGUGGCACACGAGUGGAACCAGAGCCGAGCUAAAGAAGCUAUGAAUAAUCGCCAUUCUCCUGUAAUCGUUGAUAAUACAAACAUCCAGGCUUGGGAAAUGAAACCAUACAUCAAAAUGGCCUUGGAGAGAGGAUACAGCAUCCACUUUCAUGAACCAGACACCAGCUGGAAAUUCGAUCCUUUUGAGCUGGAGAAGAGGAACAAGCACGGCGUGCCUCAGGAGAAAAUCGCCCAGAUGUUGGAUCGAUUUUCAUUUCCCAUAUCUGUAGACAUUGUCCUGAGAUCCCAAGAGCCGCCUCAUGUUCAGCUGAGACAUCAACAACAGCACAGGACCAGAAGAAAACACUGAAAAUUCUUAACAGAACAUUUUAAAAAACAUCUCAACCUGCCAAAUCAUUUUAUUUGAGGCACAACAGAUUUGCAAUAAUAUGAAUAUUACCAGCAAUUUCUACUUGACUUAGACUUAUUUUUUUAAUUGUAUAAUUAUUAAACUCAGAAGCUGAGAAUAUAUUUAUAUUUAUAUUUUGUAUUGACUAGCAUUACCUCAGGAUUGUCCUUGAGUGGUUGGUGUGUUUUGUACAAUACAUAACAUUAUACAAAAAUGUAGAUGUUGUCCUUUUCUUCCUCUUGUCAGAUCGCUGUUUCAUUACUGAUCAGAUGCUUGCUCAUAUUGUUUGUUUGUGAUUUGUUGUUUGCUUUGUGGAGCAAUAGGAG